GAGAGGGAGAGAGGAGCCAUCGAUUUCAAAUUCUGCAUUGUGGGCAGAUUUCAAAAAGGGGUCUUGGGUGGAUUCGAUUCUUUGCUCACCGAUCUCUCCUAAUUCCUACCUGUCCCAACGCGCGAGGGAGAGAGUGGGUGUGAGUAGUGUGUGUAUCUGCGAGCCCAUUUGCCAGUGCGCAUCAUAUUCCCCGCCUGUUCCCACAUGACCCCACCUCUUUUCGUGUAGCUCUCUCCACACUCUUCCUCCCCUUUCUCUUCUUCUCGAUUCGCUUUUCGUAGCGAUCUAUAGAUCGUGGAGGAUGGAGCACAAUGGCAUGGAGGAUCGCCGGCGAAGAAGCUCCUUCGAGUCCGAGAACUCCGUCGAUGUUGGCGACGGCGACGGCGACGUGACCCAAGCCAAUGGCCGUGACGCUCAUUCUUCGGGGUCCACUGACACGAGUUCCCCUAUCGACAACAUGCCUGGGGAUGCAUCAACAUCUGGAAAGUCAGAAUCAGACUCCUCCCAGCUUUCAAGGAUUGGGCAGUGGAGACAAAACAAUAAACUUCGUCUUCUUACAGCUAAAUUUUUUGAUGAAAAAGUUCCUCUGAAAAAGAAGCUUAAAUGGUUAAAGCGAGCUACUACUGUAGAAAAUGAUGGGACUGUCCAGUUUGAAGUUCCAGGGGACAUUGCACCGCAAAAUCUUAAUUUUGGAACUGGAGUUGUUUAUAAUGGAGCUACGGAAGAACCAGUUCCUGAGGAUGUCCCUGAUUUACCUCCACUGCAGAUUGUAAUGCUUAUUGUGGGGACCCGAGGAGAUGUUCAGCCCUUUGUUGCUAUAGGAAAACGCUUACAGGAAUAUGGGCAUAGGGUGAGACUGGCGACUCACGUGAAUUUCAAAGAAUUUGUCUUGACUGCGGGGCUAGAGUUCUAUCCUUUAGGUGGAGAUCCUAAAGUUCUUGCUGGAUAUAUGGUGAAAAACAAAGGUUUUUUGCCUUCAGGACCUUCUGAAAUACACAUCCAGCGGAAUCAAAUAAAAGAUAUUAUUUUCUCGUUGCUCCCUGCUUGCUUGGAUCCAGAUCCUGAUACCCUUGUAGCAUUUCAACCCAAUGCAAUAAUUGCCAAUCCCCCAGCAUAUGGGCAUACACAUGUAGCUGAAAAGCUGAAUCUGCCACUUCAUGUAGUUUUCACAAUGCCAUGGACGCCUACUAGUGAAUUUCCCCAUCCUUUGUCCCGUGUGAAGCAACCCGUUGGCUACAGACUGUCAUAUCAAAUUGUAGAUGCAUUAAUUUGGCUGGGUAUAAGAGAUGUGAUCAACGAGUUCAGAAAGAAAAAGUUGAAUCUAAGACCUAUCACUUAUUUACGUGGAUCCUAUAGCUCUCCUCCCGAUGUGCCUUAUGCUUAUAUCUGGAGCCCUCACCUAGUCCCCAAACCGAAAGAUUGGGGACCAAAAAUUGAUGUGGUUGGAUUUUGUUUCCUUGAUCUUGCAUCAAGUUAUCAACCGCCAGAAUCUCUAGUGAAAUGGCUAGAGAAAGGUGAAAAGCCUAUCUACAUUGGUUUUGGUAGCCUUCCAGUUCAAGAACCAGAGAAGAUGACUGAGAUCAUAGUUAAGGCUCUGGAAAUUACUUCUCAAAGAGGCAUCAUCAACAAAGGCUGGGGUGGUCUUGGGAAUUUGGCAGAACAAAAGGACUUUGUCUAUUUGCUUGAUAAUUGCCCUCACGACUGGCUUUUCCAGCACUGCAGUGCUGUGGUGCAUCAUGGAGGAGCUGGUACAACCGCCGCCGGUCUUAAAGCCGCGUGUCCGACAACAGUUGUACCUUUCUUUGGGGACCAGCCCUUUUGGGGAGAACGGGUGCAUGCAAGAGGGGUGGGCCCGGCGCCAAUUCCAGUUGAUGAUUUCUCUCUUGAAAAGUUGGUUGAUGCAAUACGUUUCAUGCUUGAUCCAAAGGUGAAAGAGUGUGCAGAAGAACUAGCCAAAGCCAUGGAACAUGAAGAUGGAGUGGAGGGAGCAGUGAAGGCUUUCUACAAACACUUUCCACUCAGAAGCCUCAACUCGGAUCCGGAGUCGUUGCCUGCUCAUUCAAUGCACUCCAAUUCAAGUCGACUAUCGUUAAGACGAUGCCUUGGUUGCUCAUGAUUUUCAGAUGUCGAGUCUCCACUGUUGACUUGUGUGACCCAUGUCUGUGAUCUCACGCAAGUUGCAAAAUUGUUGUUGUCCUACCUAUCGGUAAUGCAAAUUUUGUAGAUUCUUGCCGAAUUCCAUGUCUGUAUCAGUUCACUUUUCUUGGAUGAGACAAGGAGGCAUAUGUAGACACCGACAAUCACCUGUCAUUCAGAUACAGUUUCAGUUUGAGUAGCCUUACUAAUUCAAGUAUAUAAAACCAUUUCGCCGGUUUCUUUCCUCUG